UUUCGGGAAAUAAUGAUCACUUUUUGGCAAUUCAUAAGAAGAGCGGGAAGCCAGCAUUCCUGUAUCACCAUUCACAAGACAUUGAGAAGAGUCUGGAUAUAGCUCCGCAAAAGAUAUAUAAACAUUCCUCUUCUGAAGCUCAAAUAAGCAAAACCCACCAAAUUGUUAAUUCAGCAUUUCUUAGACCUGCGUAUGACCCAUCUCUCAAUCUUUUGGCCAUGGCUGGUCAAGAUAUUGAAGUGGAAAACCUUCCAGUCCCUGCAGCAAGUGUAAUUGUGGUGACACUGCAAAUGGAUGUCAACAAGCUGAACAUAACCUUGCUUCGACUGUUCCGCCAGGGAGUGGCGGCAGCUUUAGGACUCUUACCCCAGCAAGUGCACAUCAAUCGCCUCAUUGGAAAGAAGAACAGUGUGGAACUCUUUGUGUCUCCCAUAAACCGAAAAGGAGGGGUUUCUGACGCCCUGCUGUCUGAGGAAGUGCUGCGUUCACUUAAUACCGAUGUUUUACACCAGAGUUUAUCCCAGUUUGGAAUCACCGAAGUCUCCCCUGAGAAAAAUGUUUUACAAGGGCAGCAUGAAGCGGACAAAAUCUGGAGCAAAGAAGGAUUUUAUGCUGUUGUCAUAUUUCUCAGCAUCUUUGUUAUUAUAGUAACGUGCUUGAUGAUUCUUUACAGACUAAAAGAAAAGUUUCAGCUUUCUUUGAGACAAGAUAAGGAGAAAAAUCAGGAGAUCCACCUAUCGCCCCUCGCGUUACAGCCAACACAGUCUGAGGCAAAGACAGUCAACAGCAUGGUCCAGCCUGAGCAGAUGCCAAAGGUACUGAGUGUGGUCGUGGACCCUCAAGGUCGAUACACUCCUGAGAUCAAAGCCACCACCGCUGUGUGCCCGUCCCCUUUCAAAAUGAAACCCAUAGGACUUCAAGAGAGGAGAGGCUCCAACGUAUCUCUUACACUGGACAUGAGUAGCCUGGGGAAUGUCGAACCCUUUGUGGCUAUACCAACCCCACGGGAGAAGGUUGCAAUGGAGUAUCUGCAGUCAGCCAGCCGAAUUCUCACGAGAUCACAGCUGAGGGAAGUCGUGGCAAGUUCACAUUUACUCCAAAGUGAAUUCAUGGAAAUACCAAUGAACUUUGUGGAUCCCAAAGAAAUUGACAUUCCACGUCAUGGGACUAAAAAUCGCUAUAAGACCAUUUUGCCAAAUCCCCUCAGCAGAGUGUGUUUAAGACCAAAAAAUGUAACUGAUUCUUUGAGCACCUACAUUAAUGCUAAUUAUAUUAGGGGCUACAGUGGCAAAGAGAAAGCGUUCAUCGCCACGCAGGGCCCCAUGAUCAACACCGUGAAUGAUUUCUGGCAGAUGGUUUGGCAGGAAGAUAGUCCCGUGAUUGUUAUGAUCACCAAACUCAAAGAAAAAAAUGAGAAAUGUGUGCUAUACUGGCCCGAAAAGAGAGGAAUAUAUGGGAAAGUUGAGGUUCUGGUUAUCAACGUAAAUGAAUGUGAUAACUAUACUGUUCGAAAUCUCGUCUUAAAGCAAGGAAGUCACACCCAACAUGUGAAGCAUUACUGGUACACCUCAUGGCCCGAUCACAAGACUCCAGACAGUGCCCAGCCCCUUCUACAACUCAUGCUGGAUGUGGAAGAAGACAGACUUGCUUCUGCAGGCCGAGGGCCUGUGGUUGUCCACUGCAGUGCAGGGAUAGGUAGAACGGGGUGUUUUAUUGCUACAUCCAUUGGCUGUCGACAGUUGAAAGAAGAAGGAGUUGUCGAUCCACUAAGUAUUGUCUGCCAACUUCGUGUAGACAGGGGUGGAAUGGUCCAAACCAGUGAGCAGUAUGAAUUUGUGCAUCACGCUCUGUGCCUGUACGAGAGCAGACUGUCGGCAGAAACCGUCCAGUGAUUCUCUGAAGAGUUACCAGACCAUCCAUCUCCGGGGGUGACUAAUCAAUUACCCCCUUGAGGCUUCUAGAAGAAGUGUCCUGCAAUGAAAGGAAAGAGAAGCCCUGCAGUCAAGCUAUGGCAUGGACUGUGGAAGAUGGCACCAUAGUAGAGAAUGCCAGCCCCUUGUAGCACCAAGGCAGUGGUCAAGAAGGGCAAGAAAUACCUCCAUAGCUGGAUGAAAAUAG